UUUUGACUCCACGGGGACCUGAUUCAUUGAAGCCAUGCAGGCACCCAUGUUGGGGGCGCUGCUUGUGACGCUGCUGGCGCCCAGCAGCUCAUUGCUCACCUUUGAUAUGGAGGAAGCAAGGGCGCGACCUGUGACAAAGGUGCUGACCUUGUUGCAGGGCAUGAAGGAGCAGUUGGAGAGCGAGGCCAAUGAGGAAGAGGAAUUGAUGGAGAAGUACAAGUGCUGGUGCAAGGAGAAUGGAGAUGAGAAAGCCACUUCUGUGGAAGCAGCCGAAGCCAAGAUCAAGGAGAUGGAGGCCAAAGUCUCGCAGCUGAGUGCCGACAGCGCACGUCUAGCGGUGGAGUAUAAAAACCUCGGCAAGGACGUGGAGAAGAACGAGGCAUCCAUGGAUGAAGUCAUUGCUCUCCGGAAAAAGCAGCUGGCAAAGUUCCGAGAAGACGAGAGCGAUCUUCUGAAGAACCUGCAAAGCGUGAAGUCUGCCAACGAUGUGAUUGAAGGGGGGACUUCCUUCGUGCAGCUCUCGCAACAGACGGCCAUCUCCCAGACUCUGCAAAAGAUCUUGGCCAGGCAUGCUGGUGAUUUGAGCUCUGAGAAUGGUCGACAAGUUGCGAUGUUGCUGCAAGAUCCAAGCACAGGAAAUGUGGAAGGUGUUCUGCAAGGUUUGAAAGAAGACUUCCAGCGGAGCUUGCAUGAGCUGCAGACCGAUGAGAACAUCAACAAAGCGGAAUACGAAAAGUUGCUCGCCGCCAAGCGAGAGGAGAUUGAUGCCGCGAAGGUCCAGAUUGAAGCGAAGAAAGAACAAAAAACCGCUGCAGAUGCGGAACGCAUGCAGCUGAAGCAGAACAUCAAAGAUUCUCGCGCUUCCAUGGGUGAAGACAUUGCGUUUGCCAAGGAAGUGAAAGAGAAGUGCGGUGUCAAGGCCAAGGAGUGGGAGAAGCGUCAGAAGACCCGCGCCGAUGAGACCGAGUCGGUGACCAAGGCCAUUCAGGUGCUCAGCGACGACAGCGCGCAUGAGGUCUUUGGAAAGACAUUCUCCUUCCUUCAGAUGUCCAGCAGCUCCACGGCACGCCGCGAGAAAGCGGCACAUGUGCUGUCCAAGGCAGGUGUCAAGGACGCGCGCUUGAUGACCCUGGCCAUGGAAGCGAAGCUGGAUGGCUUCACCAUCGUCAAGGA